UGCCUCACCAUUGGUUAAGCGGUUGGAGCGGCUACUAUUUUUUUAAUUUUCCUUUUUUUUUUUUUUUUUUGCAAGGUCGAAAAGUUUUAUUUUAACAGCAGCUCCCCUUAAACAAAAUGCAGCUCGCGAUUUUCACAGAUUAACGGACUGUGUUAUUUAAGGAGAGACAGCAGAUGGAUUGACCUACUCAGUGCACCAUUUCUGGCGCUGUGCUGCUGGUAUAGAUGGCUUGUCUUCUGACUAACACAAGAUGAGCAGAGAUGGACCACAGUGGACAGGACAACAUGAGACAUUUCUGAAAAGUUUCCCCGAAGAAGCCGUUCUCGCUCGGAUCAAGAACAAUGUCUGUGAAUAUCUCGAGCGUGAACAACACACUUCAGCACGAGCUCUUUACCUACAAUGUUCCCGCACUCAUAUUUGGGGUUUUGCUCAUUAUUGUGAUAAUUUGUGGAAAUGCGCUUGUGUGCCUGAGUGUUUACAAGGAAAAAGCCUUGAAGACAACGACAAACUAUUUCAUAGUGAGUUUGGCUGUGGCAGAUCUGCUGUUGGCAGUUUUGGUUUUACCCCUGUUUGUCUUUGCAGAGUUUCAAGGUGGUGUCUGGUCCUUAGAUGUAGCUGUUUGCGAUGGACUAAUGACCAUGGAUGUAAUGCUCUGUACAGCAUCAAUAUUCAACCUUUGUGCAAUCAGUGUGGACAGGUUUAUAGCAGUGUCCAUACCACUUAACUACAACAGGAAACAUGUUGAUUAUCGGCAGAUUCUGUUACUUUCUGCUACAUGGCUGUUGGCGCUGGCUGUGGCGUCUCCUGUCAUCUUCGGAAUAAACAAUGUUCCUCAAAGAGACCCCAGAGAAUGUAAACUUGAAGACAACAAUUAUGUGGUUUAUUCGUCUGUCUGUUCCUUUUUCAUCCCAUGUCCCAUUAUGCUCCUACUGUACUUUGGGAUGUUCCAUGGCUUGCGCAAGUGGGAAGAAUCACGCAAAGCCAAACUGAGGAACAGUAUCCAGGCCUGCCGCAGUUUGCAGCAUGCUGCAGUGGCUGCCGCCCUCCCGCCUUUAGGGGCUCUGCCUGCGUCUCUGCCCCGGGUCAUUGAGAGGGACUUGGCCCAGUCCAGUCUUGAGGAGCUUGAUGACUUCACAAGGCCCGUCUACCCCUUCCCACCUGAGUACAAAAACAGCCCCAUUCAGACUGUGGCCUACCCUGACAUUCAAUAUGGCCAGUCACCUCAGAGAAAGAAGAGGGCUAAGAUCAAUGGAAGGGAGAGAAAAGCUAUGAGGGUUUUACCUGUUGUUGUGGGUGUCUUCCUCUUCUGCUGGACUCCUUUUUUUGUAGUUCACACUACACGAGCCUUGUGUGAAUCUUGUCACGUCUCUCCAGACCUGAUGAGCACAGUGACAUGGCUGGGUUACGUGAACAGUGCUCUGAAUCCAGUUAUCUACACUGUCUUCAACACUGAAUUCAGAAAGUUCUUCAGAGGAUUUCUUCCACGCUGCUGUUGACACACACCAAAUGGCCCAUAAGACAUAACAAUUCCAUAAUUUAUAUUAAAGACAAAUAUAGUUGUAAACUGGACUGCAACUGUUUAAUUGUGUUGUUUUGUAAUAAUUAUGCAAAUACUUUAUUUGUUUAUGCCUACCAUGUACUACAUCCUUAUUUUAUA